AUGGAGAAGAUGGAUACCCAACAUCACCACAUUGAAGGUGCAAAGGCUAGUCCGCAAGAAAUGGAGUCUGGAAAGCAAUGUGAUUUUUACGUCGAAGACCAAAUCGCUCAUCUAUCUGAGGAACAUCGCCAAUAUAUUCUCGUGAAGCAUGGAACGCUUGAUCUGGAACCUAUCCCUAACAUGACCGAUGCCGAUCCAUACAAUUGGCCGCAAUGGAGAAAAAGCUUGAACUUGACCCUAGUCGCCUUCCACGCCAUGAUGGCCACAUUCAGUGCCUCGUCAAUCCAAUCUGCAUUCGAAAAUAUCUCCGAAGACCUCUACGUUAGUGGUGCGCCUCUAUUCUGGCGCCCGCUGUGUAAUCGCUAUGGUCGCCGCCCCAUCUUCCUGAUCUCGUCGAUCUGCAGCUUGAUUGGGAAUGUUGGCUGUGCGAACAGUCCUUCAUAUGCAACAAUGGGUCUCUGUCGUGCUAUUACUGCCUUCUUUAUUAGCCCUGCGGCUGCUAUUGGUAGCGCCGUUGUCGCAGAGACUUUCUUCCGGAAAGAUCGUGCUCGCUGCAUGGGUGGAUGGACACUGAUGGUUACUCUGGGUGUUCCUGCCGCUCCGCUUAUCUUUGGAUUCGUUGCUUUGCGUGUAGGUUACCGCUGGAUUUACUAUAUCCUUGCAAUUGUCAACGCAAUCCAAUUCGUCCUCUACUUCUUCUUCGGAUCAGAAUCCCUCUACGUCCGCAGCAAUGUACCCUCCAACACCGUGGUCACCACCAAGCAGUGUCUAUUCGGAUUCAGCCGUAUCGACCCUACACCACUGAAACCCUGGGACUUCUUCCAGCCCCUGAGCUAUGUGAUGAAACCAUGCGUGAUCAUUCCAUCUGUGGCCUACGCGAUGAUUUUCCUCUGGGGCAGUAUUGCGCUCACAAUCGAGAUCUCCCAGAUCUACCCUGCCAAGUUCGGCUUCAACACCCAGCAGGUCGGACUGCAAUUCCUCGGUAUUAUUAUCGGAUCUGUUAUUGGCGAACAAAUCGGCGGGUUUAUAUCCGAUCGCUGGAUGCUUAUGCGUCAGAAUCGGACUGGAGAGCCAUCCCAGCCGGAAUACCGCCUUUGCUUAAGUUAUAUUGGCCAUGCUUUGACAAUCUGUGGUAUUGUGGUUUUUGCUAUCGAGAUCCGGGAUUCUGGCGGUGCGUGGAAUAUCGCUCCCGUUAUUGGCGCUGCUAUUGCUGGUGGUGGUAAUCAGAUUAUUUGGGGUUUCAUUGGUCCUUUCUGGUUCCCUCAGAUGUUCGAGGUUGUUGGCUGGGCUGGUGGUGCUGGUAUUGCCGUUGCCCUCAUGGUUGGUGUUAGUGUUAUUCCGACUAUUUUGGUGCAGUGGCGAGGAGCUGGCUGGCGUUGA